AUGCCCUUACAAGACCUUGAUUAUGAGGAACUUACCAAUACCUUAAUUAACAACUUUAAUAUACUAGCAGAUGAAGUACAACUUCUGAGUGAUAGAAAGACAAUUCUGGAGCACAAACUGCGGUAUUCACAUUCUCAAUACCAAUCUUUGGCAGAUAAAUAUGCCCCCUCAGAUCCUGAAAUAGCUAGUACAUUGGCAAAGCUUCAACUUCCUCCAGAUUUACAAAUAACCGUUUCUGAUCGUGGUGGAUUUGUUCCUUUGCCACUUCGUAAACAGCCAACUUCGAAGCAGCAGACUGCAGUUGCAAUAAGGGACGGGAGAAGGGCAGCACAACAUCUUGCGGCUAUAGGUGGAAAGUCUGCCGGAUCCACAACUAGUAAAAGUAUAUCCGGUGGAAGUAGUAAUAUGAGAUUGUCCGCACACCGAACCUCCUUAUCAACUGUUCUCGAACAAGAUUUUACUGUGCCUGGAAAGAAGAGUUCAUUGUUGUGUCCAUUUGUAACUAUGCCUGACGGAACGAAAUCCAUGAAGAAUCCAAAUGCUCAGGAUACCAGCACUGGUGAAUCCGAUCAACCUUUGACUCCUAUCGAUACCCAAGACCCCACCCCCCACCACUCUUCAGAUCCUAUAUGCGCGCAAAUGUACGCCGAGACGAUGUCAUCUCCGCCCCCGUCAGCAACAGGCCCUGGAGCCCAGUGUCCAAUACGCUAUAUUAAUCAACAUUCACCUGAAGAGAUAGCACGAUAUUUUGAAACUCACAAACACGAAGUUCCCCGCAGUCAUGAGAUUUGCGUCAAGCGAUAUCAACGAAACGAAAAUGAUGUGAGGAUGCUGGAUGCGAAAUAUGGAAACCUUGUGAGCAUGAUUCAGGGAUUGGGCCAAAAGCAUCAGCCAAUGUUACCUACAAAGGAAGACCAAGAAGCUUACGAGGUCGAACAUGCGUCCCACGAGAGAGUUGAAAAUUGGGCAAACAAUGUUAGUGUUGAUGGCAAUGAAUCAUUACACGAAACUCAAUCUGCACCCGCAGAUGAUAGAGAAAGUCGUUUCGACAGGCCAAUGAAAGAGGUCAGGGUGGGCGAAUCUCCAAGCAGACCAUGGGGGAUUUCUGUUCCAAUCUAUGAUCAACCAUCUGACCAUAGGCCUGUGUCUCCACCUCCAGCGCCUGUAUCUGUUCCCUUGGACAACUAUUCAAAGCCUCCCGAGAAGUGUCCAUUUGGACAUACUGCGGCAUCGAAUGCGGGGCCAAAUUCAACACAAGGAUUGCCCACGACUCCAGUUGAAGCAGAGAGACCAGCAGGUUGCCCUUUUGGUCAAGGUCAGAAGGCUAAGGACAAAGCCCCCUCUACAAACUAUGAUGCACCGCCUGUGUUUCACGAUCAGCCGGCCUUCAUCCAACCCGAACAGCUCCAGAUGCAGGGUAAUGGACCGAAGAUGAUUUUUACAGGGCCCGUAUUCAUAGGAUAUCCGAUUGAACAAGCUGUGGCUUUUAUGAAGCAGUAUCAGACACAGAAUGAAUGA